AUGUCGGGAGUGCUCGACCCCGAAGCUGGAAUCUUCUAUGGCGUUUGCUGGGUCGUUGUCAUUAUUCGACUUAUUUCGCGAAGAAUACACCGUGGAUCAUGGAAGUCAUUACAAUUGGAUGAUUACCUAAUUCUUGUAGCUAUGGCUACAGACACAGUGCUUAUCGCUAUCAUGCAUCAAAUUGCAAAGACUAGUAGCAACUUGAUACCGCCUGGAGACGAUGUCUCUCAAUACUCCAAGGCUGAGAUCAAGAUGCGUGUAUACGGGUCCAAGCUCGUCUUGGUAGUAGAGCAGAUGCAACUCCUUACGAUAUGGUUGGUCAAGGCCUGCUUGCUCAUAAUGUACAACCGAAUGACGCUCGUUCUGCCGCAACACAAAAUCGUCGUCGCUACCUCUAUCUACGUCGCUGUCGCAUUCGUGGUCAUGGAAGUACUAUAUCUUGGGGUUUGGUGCAGGCCGUUCAACCAAUAUUGGGCAGUACCUCCCAAUUCGAAACAAUGUUCGGCAGCAACCAACCAUCUCAUCACCAACGCAGUCUUCAACAUUUCCAGCGAUUUGAUCAUCCUAAGCAUACCCAUGCCGCUGCUCUUCAAAGUUCGUCUACCUAAGAAGAAUAAGACUAUACUGUUUGUGAUCUUCUGCAUAGGGGCAUUCACUAUUGUUGCUGCAGUUCUCAAUAAGUACUACUCAUUUACGAACCCAUUCGGGACUGAGUGGACGAUCUGGUAUCUCCGGGAGUCAUAUACAGCUAUACUCUGCGCCAACUUGCCCCUCACUUAUCCACUCAUUCAACGCGUCUUUGGCCUAAGAAACUGGAACUCGCACACGUAUAGUGCGGAUAGUCCAUACGGGCCUAGCUCUGUCACACGAGCGCAACAGUCCUCGCAUACCCACGCUUAUUGGCCAGAACCCAGACAACAACAAAUACCUAGAGGCUUUCGGGAUAUCUUCCGACGUACAGAAAGUCAAGAAGACAUGAAUGGCGGUCUGGGGAAACAGAGAGAAGACAACGAUCCACAAUUUAUCACCAGUGCGAUCGAGAUGGAAGACGCGAGAUCACAGCGGGUGUCGAGCUUGAGUACUCCUGCGAGUUGGCGGACGUCUGCAACGACUGAGGGCCCUAAGGAUCACGAGCCAUAUCAUGCUGUUUGA